CCUAGCACGAGCAAAGCCACUCGAUCUUCAUCUUCAGUAUACAGAGUUGCAUGAAGUACUACGGUGAUUGAUAUCACCGAAUGUAUCUUCAGCAUAGUGUUCGCCUUGACUGGUUUGAGUGAAUUCCUUCUGUAACUAAUGCUUCUGGGAGAGCGAACCAAAAAGAAGAGUUAAGAAAAGCGUGAUGAUGCAAGCUCUGAAAAAAGUGGCCAUCUUCAUAUUUUAGGCGCUCGUGAUAACAAGUACAUCUGAAGGCACUCAGUAAAGGAACCGGUUACUUUUCACCUCUACAAAUCUGGGCUUAUCUUCCCGUGCAACAGCAUAGUGUUCGCCUUGAACGAGAAGAAAUGAUCCUUUGAGAUUCUGAUGAUCCAAGCGUUAUUUGUUGUUUUUUUCAGAGGAAAGAAGAGGUUCCUGAUUUCGAUGUUGCACUCAAGUUUUCGAAAUUACGAGAGACGAGUGAGAGACUCUAAGUUUUUCAAAACCGAUCAAGGCCGCUUCGCUAGUAGCACAUGAACAACAUGUGUUUUUCCCAUAUUUGUGUUUUUUCAGGUGGGUUGUUUUCUGAGGUCGUGGGGAGAAUUUUUUGAAAUUUUUGGUACAGUAAAACUUGUGUGUAUCCCACGCACUUAAUGACGAAUCCCCCAAGUUUGUGAAGUGACCAUUUUUUGCAAAAGCGUAGUUGCGGAUAGUUUUUUCCACUACUUGUCCCCCAGCAAACCGUAUAGAAAAAGUUUAAGUUGUUUCAGUUUCCCGACCCACUAGUUCAACUACUUGUGAUUUUGGGUGGUCUGAUGUAGUGAAGUCACGUCUUCAAGAAGAUCACGUUGUAUGCAAAUCUUCUAGCGACGUGCGACAUCAAUUACCAUUACCCUUCAGUACUUGUUAGCGACCUCAAAAAAAUGGCAUCAAUCGCAAUAGGGCGAUCCUCCCUCCUUGCAAGGGGAAGCAUUUCGGCGACGCCUCUACUCGUUGGAAGUGGUCGGUCAGCCUCCUCAAGUUUUACUACAGAGAACCUCAAUAGCUCUCGCUUAGUACGUGGUUUAUCUACAACUUCCAGCGGUUCAUUUCGUGCCGGCUCAAGUCCUCUGAUGAUGAUGAACCACGGCUCUUUUACAUCAUCGUCCGUGAGCCGAGCGUUUGCAACUUCUGCGGCAGCCUCAAAGGGAGCUCCUGCCGCAAAGGGAGGAGGAUCGGCGUCCAAGAAGAAGACGAUCAUGACGGUAACCUCGCGGGCAGGAGAUAGAGUGACGGAACUCAUGGGCCUCGAAGAAAGUACCGGAAUCAGAAUAUCCCUUCGACAGCGCGGAUGCAGUGGAAUGAGCUACGUCAUGGAUUUUCAGAAGGUAUUUUGGAUAUAGACAAUAGGAUCCAACUCCUAAUAGUAGGGUCUCCAUAACUCCUAGUAGUAUACAACUCUACUGCUCGUUUUCAUUUUUCGUUGAGGACCAAUUUUUAGAUUUCCAGAUGUUGAAUUGAAGUCUCGAUCGCUGAAUCUGUUUAGAGGUACAACUUUUACCCUAGCAAUAAAUGAACUUCUUCCCCCAUCAUCAUUUUUUUGUCUAUAAUCUUAUCAAAUUGUGCCUCUGUAAUUCACCACAAACUACAAAACAAAGGACGAGCCCAAAAAGUUUGACGAAGUUAUUGAGUUUGUGGAUUCUAGUGGGAAAGCAGGACGUGUUAUCGUGGAUGGCAAAGCGGUGCUUUUUUUAGUGGGAACAGAGAUGGAUUAUGUAGCGGUCGAGAUGGGGUCGGAGUUUGUCUUCAACAAUCCUAACAAAAAGAGUUCCUGUGGAUGCGGACAGAGUUUCAACGUGUGAAGGAGAUAUGCAUGGGAAGAAUUAUUGACGAUAGGACUGGACUGACUACUUUUCCUUGAUCUCUAGAGCAACUUUUCGAAAAAUAGAACAGCGUAGGCGACUCGGCAAUCUCUCUAGACGAGCAAGGCCCCACAACGUCUCUCAAGCUCACCUUCUUGUAGUACAACAUCUGCGCUUGUAGAACAAGAGCAUCGUAGGAACACAAGUUCAGUACCUCCAGAUCUGAGUCUUUGUUCCUACAGGGUGCCUCAGAAUAGUUUCGGACCCACGCCUACGGCAGAGACAAGGGGAUAGAAGAAGCGGCGAAGUCUACUGCGCUCGAGUGCCGCCGCAAGCUCGCGAGUCGCGACGCACGCACGCGUCAACGGAUAAUCUAUUCCAGCGGCUCAUAUUACAGGCCCUUGAACAGCGACCAGGCAGUCAGUUCCAUUCUGCUGAAGAACCUAAGUUGACGCGUGAUGUAGGACCUUCCCACACCUAACGGGGCAUGAGAACAUCAUUCACAACUAUUUUUAUGCAGAGAUCUGCACUGAAGCUGAACCUAGUGCGAUAUUAAUUGUAUUGUAUUCCCUAUGAAGUUGUGAGGAACACAGGAUCACAGGAUUAUCUCAU